AACACAGCUUAUAGAGCACUAUAAAUUGGGGUCCCCCUCAAUGUCUCUACUGUCAAACAUUUCGUUCACCCACUCACAUUAGAGAGAACAAGAAGAAGAAGAAGACAGACAGACCGAAACUCGGAGAAUCUAUCAAUGGCCACCAAAGUUUACAUUGUUUACUAUUCCACGUAUGGACAUGUCUUGAGGCUAGCAGAGGAAAUUCAGAAAGGAGCUGCUUCUGUGGAGGGAGUUGAAGUCAAAUUAUGGCAGGUCCCAGAAACAUUACCAAGCGAGGUUCUUGAAAAGAUGCAAGCACCACCAAAGGGUGAAGCACCGAUCAUUACACCAAACGAACUCGCUGAAGCUGACGGUUUGCUCUUCGGAUUCCCUACAAGAUUCGGAAUGAUGUGUGCUCAAUUCAAAGCAUUCAUGGAUGCAACAGGCAGUUUAUGGAGAACACAAUCACUUGCAGGCAAGCCUGCAGGCAUUUUCUAUAGCACUGCUUCUCAAGGAGGUGGACAGGAGACUACUCCCUUAACAGCCAUAACUCAGCUGGUUCAUCAUGGAAUGCUGUUUGUUCCGAUUGGAUAUUCAUUUGGAGCUGGUAUGUUCGAGAUGGAGAACAUCAAGGGCGGGAGCCCUUACGGUGCCGGAACUUUGGCUGGUGAUGGCUCUAGACAGCCUUCUGAACUGGAACUGCAGCAAGCUUUCCACCAGGGAAAGUAUUUUGCUGGCAUUGCAAAGAAGCUCAAGGGAAACUGACUGUUUCCAUAAUAUUAGUCAUAUAAUUGUUCCCACCAUGGCUAUACUUAUUAUUUGUUCACCCUGUCUCACUCUCUCUCUCUCUCUCUAUAUAUAGCUGUUCUCUGUUGAAGAAUUUGCUGUCUUUUAUUGUCUUUGAUUUGUGUAUCUAUUGAAGCUUACACUGCUACCAAACAUUAUUAUCUAUCAAAGUUAUUUUUGUGUACUUUUAGCAUAAUAUGUAACUCAAUAUUCGUCGGAA